UGGUUCCAAAGAUUUCGAGGGGACACAUUCUCUCCAUAAUUAUGUUCGAACUUACCAGCAUGCCUUUCUUGCAGGCCGGAAAGUUAUUCCUUGUUCUUUGCAUGGGCGUCCAGUGGGAUCAUCAUUGGUCCAAGCAUAUUUUAACAAUGUUCCCCAUGCUGGCGAGGUUCUCUAUAUAUUUAGUCACCGGCAACCUGGCAUCAGUGUCACCCACCAAGACCUUCUUGUUGCUAUUCGAUGGAUGGUGCCUUCGGAUUACAGUCCACUUGACAAUACUGGACUGUGGGACUUGUUUCCUGAACUUGGCGUUGAGACUUGGAAACUGAAUCAAUUUGUUGAUCCAAUCUCUAAUACUCCCCCGAUGAUUGUUCAACUGGCCAAUGUUCACUGCCAGGUGGCUCGUUGUACAGUCACUCACACUGAUCCACCUCUAUGGAUCACAACCACAAUUGACCGUUUCAUGACCCCUGCAAUUGCCGCAGGCUUUUC